AUGCGCCUUAUCAAGAAGAACGACGACGACCUCGCCGCAGAGGCGGCUAUGCGAGGAGGCGCGAUUGGCGCGUUAAAGUACUGCACCGUGGCUCUCUUCACCGGUGGAGUUCUCAAUGCCACCUGGCCAAAGUUCAGAGCCGUCAGACCCCCACAGAAGAUGUGGUUGAUGGUAGCAGCAUUCUUGGGAGGGUUUGGCAAUGGGUCGGAUACGGCGUUUACCAACUAUGAGCGCCGGGAUCGCGAGAUGCAGAUCCGUCUUGCCAACCAGCAGCGUCACAAUAUCCUUUAUGGCGCCCCUGGUGAGAAGCUGGCAGCUGCGGCGUCUCUGUCGACUCCCUCCGAGGCGUCUUCUUCUUCCCCCUCUUCUUCUCCCACUUCUCCCACUUCUCCCUCUUCUUCUUCCUCUUCUUCUUCCUCAGCAUAG